AUGGUGUACUAUCAAUAUGUCGCCAUCUGUCAGCCACUGCACUAUGAUACUAUAAUGAACAUGAGAGCUUGUGUCCAAAUGGCAGCCAGUGCUUGGAUCAGUGGUCUUCUCAAUUCUGCAAUGCUGACUGGGAACACGUUUGCAAUAUCCUUCUGUAAAGGCAACAUGGUGGAUCAGUUCUUCUGUGAAAUCCCCCAGAUACUAAAGCUCUCCUGUUCUGACUCAUACCUCAGUGAAACUGUGACUAUUGCCUUAAGUUCAUGCUUAGUCUUUAGCUGCUUUGUUUUGAUAAUUAUGUCAUAUGUUCAAAUCUUCAAAAUGGUACUGAGAAUCCCCUCUGAGCAGGGCCGCCAUAGAGCCUUCUCCACCUGCCUUCCCCACCUCAUUGUGGUCUCCUUGUUUAUUUUCCCUGGCACCAUUGCCUACCUGAAAUCCACCUCCAGCUCAGCAUCAAUUCUGGAUCUCGUGGUGGCUGUUAUCUACACCCUGGUGCCCCCAGUGAUGAAUCCAAUCAUCUAUAGCAUGAGGAACAAGGAGAUCAAAGCUACCCUGUGGAAAAUAAUGGGAUUGAGGCUAAUCUCGAAAAAUAAAAUGCCUACCUUUCCUCUUUGA